CUCUCACUCUCCUCUAUGCUGCUAUUCUGGGAAGUGGCGUUUGGAAUAACCCCCGUGUGCGUACGAGUGUGUGUGUGCGUGUGUCUCCUGAUUUCACCCUCACACACGCACACAUACACACUCACAACACAGUGAGACGCGCACACUUUACUGUCUGUCUGACUGCAGCAGCGGCAGCAAGAAAUCCGGUCGGAAAGGAUUCCUUCCAUUUUUACGCGCAACUUUUCCUCCUUCGGCUUCCUCGCCGCGACGUUUCCCCCCGACUCUUGUGGAUUUCUAACCCCCGUCUCCUGGCUGUUUCCAGCGGACAAACAACGAGGUGUCACCCCGGACACGGGUCUCCUGUCAGAGGGUUGCUUGUUGUCAUUUUCGCUCAGGAAGGACACGCGCAGCCGGAGCGCAGACUGAAGGAGCUGUGACGAGUUUUGGACUUUCUAAACCGAGCCAGAGGACAAAAAGCUACACCAGGAUGGCCACGUGAGGACACUUCCUGUCGGGACUCCGGCUGAAACUGAGCAGAGUAACAGGUCUUUGAUUGAGAAACUGGAUGACCUCCGAAGCUAAAGAAAGAGGAUCUCCAAACACUUUUCCCUGAAGAAAAAAUUACUCAAGGAUUCUUCUGUCUUUGGAUGAACUGGAAAGAAAAACAACGCACGGCAACAUUAGUGUUUACAAAAUGGCAAAAGGAGAGAGACCUUUCUGAUGUUAUCCACUAAGCCUGGCUUUCCAGUCUAUUUCUGCAAUGGACGGGUACUUCCUGUUUCUGUGAACGUGUUGGCAGCCAUCAAAGGUUCAGCUAUCAUGCCUGGUAGUUUUGGGACCUUGUAACCCUUGAAAACCCUCCCAACUCCCCCACCAGCCCCUCCCUCCUUCCUCUUCUAACCCCCGGAAGAGCUUCACAAAAAUGGAGGCUCAUGAAUCAGCUGGGCAGAGAGGCCCAGGUAAGGACCUAGUGAAGGAGAAGGCAACUCUUCAAAGAAAGUGGGCAUCCGAGCCUUCUGCUAACACAAAACGAAGCACUUUUGCUGACCCGGACUCCAAACACCGUGAGAGUCUGCCGUGUGGUGCCACGGUUGGAUCAGCGCCCCAACAGAAGUACGCAAUUACAGGGAAUUCUGGGAAGCUGCUAUCAGGACCUUCUGCAGUUGGAGCCAUGGGAGGCCCACCAUCUCAAGACCCCCAAGGGCACUUUGCACACGGGUUCCCAAGGGGAUACUCCUACCAGCUGGGCCAGCCGUACCCUCAGCACCCCCAGCCUGAGCGCUUCCUGUCAGGAGCCAAACCCCAGCCAGGUCUAGAGCCACAUGCCUGGCCUUUUGCUGGCCAGUUGCCCUCGGAUGAUCUGUACCCUGUAGGACACCCGGGACACACUCAUCCUCAUGGGGCUGGGGCAGGGAGGUUUCCCCGCCAGAAAUCUCCCAGUUUACCCAGCUCCUUCGGACAGUAUUCUCAAUCGGGCCCUGAGCCUGGAGAGGAGGGCUACAGCAAAAAAGAGCUGAAGCCCAAAAAGCCCGGUAAGUAUAUCUGUCACUACUGCGGACGAGCUUGCGCCAAGCCUAGCGUCUUGAAGAAGCACAUCCGUUCCCAUACUGGAGAGAGGCCAUAUCCAUGUGUACCAUGUGGCUUUUCCUUCAAAACCAAGAGCAACCUUUACAAGCAUCGCAAGUCCCACGCUCAUGCCAUCAAGGCUGGACUUGUGCCAUUCUCAGAGCUAGCUGUGGCUCGCGGUGGGGACAUGGACCAGGCGUCUCCAGGGGGGGAUGCCGAGGUCCACUCAGACGGGGAGCAGAGUACCGACACCGAUGAGGAAGGUUUGGAGGGCUCCACCAUGCUGACGGACAAAGACAGCCCCAUCCCGCAGAUCCCCUUUGAAGCUGACAAGAAUACAGGUGGUGGGGAGCCGGCAUAUGCAGACCAAGCUGAAGAGCUGCUUGUGGCUAUGAAAGUGCCUAUCCUUAUUGUACCCAAGGCUGGGGGAGUACCCUCCACAGGAAUGGAGUGCCCACCCUUUCAGGACGUAAAGGGUUCACACCACAUGUUGGCAUCACACGCUGGCAUACGAGCGCAUUCACUGGAUGAUUCCCCUACCAUCAAACAACGUUUGGCCCUGAGGAUAAAUGAGAAGAAGGGUCAGGACUCGGACUCUAUCAUGUCCCAGUCCUUAAACCUCCUCAGUCCUCACAGCAAGGGCAGCACAGACUCUGGAUACUUUUCCCGCUCUGAAAGUGCAGAGCAGCAGAUCAGCCCUCCGAAUAAUAAUGUCAAGACGUACGAAGAGAUUAUGUUUGGUCGGACUUGGUACGGCCGACCCGACUCCAGAUCCAGACAGUCUAUUGCAGUUGGCAUGGCAGGCGCAGACCCCAGCAGCCUCACUAGCUUAAAGCAAUCAGGUGCUAUUAUGGAUAUGGGGAAGAUAGCUGAGGAUCACAUCUGUUUCAGGGGAGAUGUAGGAGUCUCUGGAGAUCCCAAGCAGUAUCCAACAGGACCCUGUCAAAGCAGCACAGGCCUUCUCGAGCCUCCAUCAGAUUCUGGGCACCUUAUUAGGAGUAACUCCAUGCCAACAUCCUCCCCCUCUAACCUAAGUGUGCCCUCAGCAAUUCGAGGCAGUCACUCAUUUGAUGAGAUGAUGGCGCCGGAUGAUGUGUUUUACCCACCAGGGCGCAGACUGACAAGGCAGGCUGCAUUUGAACAUUCAGCCAAUGAAGCCCACGUAGGGGAGGCUGAGGGCUUUGGACACAUGCCCAAGAAUAUAGCUUCAUCUCUGGGUAUGAAGCUAGUUGAGCGCAACCCAGGAGUCCCUGAGCACAUUUCCUACAGCCCAUAUGGUACUAAAAUUAGCAUGUCAGAAAUAGCCACAAGAAAAAGGAGGAAAGAGAAGAGUGUUGGUGAUGAAGAGGACAGCCCCGGGCACUGCGACAGUAGCUGUAGUGGUUCAGUGGAGAUGAUAGGGGACUGCGAGUUUAGACAGGGUAGUUUUGAUGGGUCGAGGGGAACUCCAACAGGAAAGGGCUCUCUUUACAGCGCUCACAGCCAGUCCGACAGCUUUGACACCUGUGCCAGCAUGUGCUCUGAGGACAAUGCAUUAUUUCCUGACUUUGAGGGCAGGAAGGCAGCUGUGAAUGUCAUAUCAGUCAUCCAGCACACCAACUCCCUCAGCCGGCCAAAUUCCUUUGAGAAGUCAGAGUCCUUUGAGCAUCCAGGAUAUCAGCCUUCGGAGAAAGCUCUAUCUAGCCAGUACUCUGAACAAUCUGACACAGAUAUCUUUGAGGAUGCUUUAAGUCCUGAAUCCGCCCUACUGCUUAGGGCAGAGAGUACAGAGCGUGACAGCGACCAGGCCUCCCUCUCAUCUUCGUCAGCUGCACCAUCCCCUGGCCAGCCUUAUCAAGUCCCGCCCAAGCUAGUCCGACAACCCAACAUCCAAGUUCCUGAGAUCAGGGUUACGGAGGAUAAAGAUACCGAAUCUCCAAUGACGAAGGAACCGGAGAAGCAGCCGCAGCAUGUGGAGGAGUUCCAGCUGCCACAGAGGAGUGAUACCCUCGCCCAGAUGCCAUCGGAAAAGCUACCGCCCAAGAAGAAGAGGUUGCGCCUGGCGGAUAUGGAGCACUCAUCAGGGGAAUCCAGCUUCGAGUCAACGUGCACCAGUCUUUCUCGCAGCCCCAGUCAGGAGAGUAACCUUUCCCACUCCUCUUCCUUCUCCAUGUCCUUCGACAGAGAGGAAGGCCUCAAGUCUGCCUCACCCACCAAACAGGAUGAUUCUUCGACUUCUGGUGGUGGACCAAAGCAGUCGGAGUUCCUGACGGUACCUGGCAGUGGUCAUUCCAGCCACCACCAGCAGAGGGAGAUGAGGAGGUCUUCAUCGGAGCAGGCACCAUGCACGCUGCCCACAGAGUUUCCUGAAAUGCGCAGCAAAUCGUUCGACUACGGAAGCUUGUCCUCCUCGAGACAAGGAGAGAUAUACUCGAGUGCCUCUGCAAUGAAGGAACGCCGGCGAGGGUAUCUUGUCCGACAGGCUUCACUGAGUGUUUAUCCAGAGGCAGUGGUCCAGGAACCAGUGGGUGCUGAGAUGUCGAUCAAACAGGAGGUUCUGGAACAUGGGGCAUGGCCCGGCCAAUCAGGAUCCCCCCACAGCAGCAGCGAUAUACCCGGCAGAACCAAGAGAGUUGGCAGUAGCACUGCUGGUAUUGGAUCUCACCAACACCAACAGCAUCAUCAGCACCUCCUUCAGCAGAGUAUCAGCGAGGACAGCCUGCAGGAUGAACCUCUCUAUGCCAGGUCCCAUCAGCAUCGCCUGCAGGCUCAGGGCUCGUCAUCUGAAGGAGAAUAUCAAUGUCAUGAAGUCAUGAAUAAGGAAGUUAUCCAGCACUACCAGAGUGGUCCUCCAUAUCUUUCCUACCAGCAACCAGGGAUUUACUGGGGUCAGGAGGCCGGUCAGGCAUCCAGACAGCAGCUGACCCUCCAGGCCCAGCAGCAACUGCAAAAACUCCACAUCAGAUCACCAGGCUCCGUAUCUGGACACCCGCUGCACAAACAACCACCACUCCACUCCCUGCAGCAGAUCCACGAUCAGCAGCCACAUGACGGGAAAUCAGAAAGCCCAAGUCCUCAGAUGUACGCUGCCUCUUUAUCAUCUCGCACCUCUCCCAUGUCCCAGCAGAACUUUGCUUCUGUUUCCUCCAAGCAUUCACUACCUAGCACCACUACCACCUCCAUGCUUCUGCAGCAGGUCCAACCUGUCUUUGCUACCCAAAACCUGGGCUCCCAUGCCGCUCUACCUGGUAUUGUGGUUCCUGUGCGGAUCCAAACACAUGUGCCGUCAUAUGGUAGUGUUAUGUACACCAAUGUAAGCCAGCUGAUGACUAUGCAUGGAAGUGGGGCACAAGGGGGUAGGCCUGGUGGUGCUGACAACAACAGCAUGUCUCAGCAAAGUCUCAGCAAACCACCUGGAGGAAUUGGAGGAGGCAUAAGUGGGUCAGGUUUCAACCUAUCACACUUCCUCGGACAGACUGAUGGUUCAGCGCUGCGUUACCCUCCCUGGAAGACUCCAGAUUCACUACCAGAGCAACGCUUAAACACAGGAAUCCCAUUGUCGCUAACAUCAGGCACCAUAUCCACCACAGAUGCCUCGGGAUCUGGCAUCGGAGGCAGCAAGCGCAUGCUUUCCCCCACCAGCUCUCUGGAGCUCUUCAUCGAGACUAAGCAGCAGAAAAGAGUGAAGGAGGAGAGGAUGUAUGGACAGAUAGUCAAGGAGAUGAGUGCAGUGGAGCUGAGUGGAAGUGAAAACAGUGGCAAGCUUGAAAAGGGCAGAGGUCAGCGAGCCCGUCUGAAGAGCGAGGGAUCCAUGGAUGACUCUGAAAGGAUGUCCUCUUCUCCUCCACUAAGUGACUUCCCCGUUGCCACCAAGAUUGCCAUUCCUGUCCGAUCCUCUGCCCCCCAGCCGUCUGAUGUUCCCCGGGCCGAGAGCUUCACUCCUCCUCUUCAGAUUGUCACAGAUCGCUCACCAUCUUCAGGUGGACGGGACUCCCCGGAGGAACUCGAUGUGGACGAUUCGAUCCCAGAGUUCAGCUCCAGCCCCCAGUUCAUGGUGUCCUCCAACGAUGCCGAGGACACCGACAACACAGAUCAACCCGGUAAAGUCCCUGUUAACAUGCUAGUUCAGCUAGCUGCCAACCAAAGCGCAGGAUUAUCCAGAGCGAUGGGCCAGACGAUGGGCCAGACGAUGGGCCAGACGAUGGGCCAGACGAUGGGCCAGACGAUGGGCCAGACUCUGCUUCUCACCGAUGUGGCCGACGUCCAGCAGUUUUGCCAGUUCCCAAGCCUGCGCACUAUGAGCAAAGUCAGCUGGUGUUUCCUGAACUACACCAAACCCAACAGCACCCAAACUACCUUGCACAACUCUGUCUACAACUCGUGGUAUGUGAGCUCAUACAACCCCAAUCCUCUGAACCUCAGCACCAAGGCUGCAUUGGCCCAACUGAGGUCCAAACAGAGGAGGGACUCUGAUUGGAUUUACUCAACCGCAGCCAUGUCGCCUCCCAGCUCUGGAAAGCUGGUGUCGUCUGUGGCCUGGAAGCUGAGGUUGGAUCAGUUGAAACCGGAGUUGAUGCCAGUUGAUGUCAGUCAUUUUGGGAGGAAGAUGAAGGGCGUUGUGUCGUGGGAUCGUUCGAAGGAGGAGCAAGUAGAGAAGGAGGUUUCGGCCAAACAACCAUCCGCCGAACCGUCACGCAUCAAGAUCUUCGAAGGCGGGUAUAAAUCCAACGAGGACUAUGUUUAUGUUCGAGGUCGCGGUCGGGGGAAAUAUAUCUGCGAGGAGUGCGGCAUCCGCUGCAAGAAGCCGAGCAUGCUGAAGAAACACAUCCGCACACACACCGACGUGCGGCCCUACGUCUGCAAGUUCUGCAACUUCGCCUUCAAGACCAAAGGAAACCUGACGAAGCACAUGAAGUCUAAGGCUCAUAUGAAAAAGUGUCUGGAGUUGGGAGUCUCCAUGUCUUCUGUGGAGGACAACGAGGCGGACGAAGGAGAUGUCGGGGAGGAAGGCCAGCGGUGUGAGAAGACGUCUCGAGUCUCGCUGGAUCACCAGUUCUCCGACGCCGACGACUCGGACGACGACGGCGACGACGUGGACGAUGACGACGAAGACGAGGACGACUACGAUGGCGACUUUACGCCAAAAACCCGCUCUCGCUCCACCAGCCCUCAGCCGUUCAGCCUGCCCUCCAUGUCCAUCACCGCCAUGGCCUCCUCCCACCCUCACCUCUCUCACCUCGCUCACCCCUCGGACCUCAUGGGGAGCGCCAACAAACCGCCGCUUUUCGGGUAUUUCACCACCGUGCCGAGCAUCCAGAUCACUCCUCAGGCUCCACCGAUCAUCCACAGCCAGGAGGAGUUUCAGAGGAAUCAGUUCCUUUCUCCCCCCUCCAUGGAUGAAGACCUCCCUGCUCCAGACCCUUCCUCUCGCCUGUCCUCCCCCGGGCUAGAAAUCUCCCGAUGUCCAUCCCCGAUCUCCCCUUCUUCGUCCCCAUCGUCCCGUCGAUAUCUCUCCCCACGCCGCGAUCUUUCACCUUGUGCCGGACAUCUUUCACCCCGUCGAGACCUCUCCCCAAUGCGUCAUAUCUCCCCAAAGAGAGACCUUGCAGGGGGUUACAGACGAGACCUCUCCCCGAGGAGGGGUCACCUCUCGCUGCUCUCCCCUCUCUCACGGCCUACGUCUCCAGCAGGAAGAGACUACAAGCGAGACCUUUCACCCCGAGGACGUCACAGAGCGAUGAUCCGGGCGGUGUCCCCCCGUCGAGGGCUGCACCAACACCUCCACCACCCGAGCCAGCAGAGUGGAUCUCGGGGCCUGAGGCAGGGUCACCAGGCGGAGCUCGGCAUUCUGGGACGUCAAAGAACCGGAACGGAGAUGGAGACGGAACAUUGUCUGGAAUCCUUGUCGCCAGGGGAACGGGACCAGUGCAGUAACCGCGGUAACCAGUCCAGCCCGCCUCACCAAGUCCUGUUUAGUCACCUUCCUCUCCACUCCCAACUCCAGGUGCGUUCUCCAUUCCCAAUGAUCCCCAUCGGAGGGAUCCAGAUGGUUCACUCCGUCCCGCCCCCCGUCACCUCCGCUCUGAGCCAGAAAAAGCUUCAGAAAAACAGCUCGGAGGACUCAACAGCCAGUGAGGCCUCUCAUUUCACCUCCCUGGAAGAAAGGGGAGUCAUCGUAGGAGUAGGAGGAGGAGGAGGAGUGAGGUUAGAGCAGGAGGAAUACAUCCAAACCUGCACCAAGGCCAUCGCUUCCCUCUGCAUCGACUCGCAGGAACUCAGAGGAGGUGGAGGAGGGAAACAUGGCGGCAGAGCUCCUUCAUUAUCCUGUUCUUCAUCGUCUGAACAGCCGUCAGUCUCCAGGUCGCCGCCAUCUCCUCACCCUUCAUCUUCUCCUCCUCAAGGUCCCGGGAAACAGCACUUUAGCUCCUCCUCCUCCUCAGAAACCCUCCAUCCUCCAACAGUGUCCAAACCUCUGAGGCUGGAGAGGGAAAAGGAGGCGGAAAGCACAAAGAGAAGCAAAGACGUAUCGUAGGGUAUUGUUUGUUUUGGAUAAUAGGAAGGGAUGAAGUGCAACAGAGAGAGAAAAAUGACUUUUGCACACUUUACACAUUUUCUCCUACAUCACUUUAUACAUGCAUACACACACUCUCUCUCACACACAUAUGGAUACAAAGAAAAACAGCUCUUGUCAAAAAAAGACUUUUAUCAUUAAUGUACUUCAUGCCUGCUCUCAGAAACUUUUCUUAUUUAAAGACUUUUAAAGAGGAUACGGUUACACAUGUACUCCACCAAUUAAAUCUGCUAUAAUAAAGGAAAUGGACUCUGGUUAAGCGGUACGUUUAAAAAAAAAAGAAAAGAAUCAAGACAGCUACGUGUGUGCCUUUUCUUUCAUCUUUAUCGUGUUUUUUUUUGCUUAUUUUCUUAUAAGCAAACAAAGCAGGAAGGUAAAUGUAAAUACAAUACUAUCAGCUUUGUAAUAAAUGCAAUCCCCCCCCCCCCCCCACCCUUUUACCGCCCCACCUCCUGUGUUUUGGACACCUUAAAGUCUCGACAAGCGAUGUGAAGUUAUGGAUAUUACUAUUACGUACGGUUGCACUAAAACAUAUUUUUAUAUGAGUGAAAUUUUAAAAAAUGGCUUUUUUUGUGUACAGCAGCAAUUCUAUAAUACUAUUUAUUAUUAUUGUUACCAUGUUUCAUAAAUUGUACAUUUUUUCUUAAAUGUCGUGGAUGCCUUUUUCUAUGUAAAGCAUGGGGUUUUUUGCUAUGGCUUACAUUAGGGCGAGGAUAUGUACACUGUAAUAUGGCUUUAUAUGUUAGACCUAUUUAUAUAUGUAUAAGUGAGGAGGUCUACUUUGGAGGUAUAUACACAUAGAAGUAAGAUUUACCAGAUAUUUACCCAGUAUAUGAAUACAUACGGUAUAUAGAAUCUAUCAUCUAUCUAUCUAUCUAUCUAUCUAUCUAUCUACCUAUCUAUCGUUCUAUCUAUCUAUCUAUCUAUCUAUCUAUCUAUCUAUCUAUCGUUCUAUCGUUCUAUCUAUCUAUCUAUCUAUCUAUCUAUCGUUCUAUCUAUUGUUCUAUCUAUCUGCACUUAACAUUUACGAUGAGAUUCACCUUACGGUAGUUUGCUUGUACAUUUUCUCCGCUGCCUGUCCCUGGUUGUGAUUUUUUCUCGUUUUUUACUCACUUUUCGUGGAAUUAUAUCUUGAGAUUUUUACGAUGCACAGACUCAGCAUUAAGUGAAUGAACAUGCCUUCUUGCACCGUGGUGUUUCUGCUCAAUUAUCUGUUUGUUUUUUUAACCCCUUUUUCCCCAAAUAUCGAUGUCACGUUAUAACAGGAAGCUCCACUUUCUAAAAAUAUUUCUUUAAUGAAGACAGUUUUAUUCGUCGGAUAUCUGAACGGGGAAACAUUCCAGUCCAUGUAAAUAUUCAGUCCCUUUACACACAUUUUUCUGGCAUUGAUGCACAUUGUUGCCAUGGCAAUCAACCCCUUAUUUAAUUGCGUUAUUUCUGGGGACACAUACACCAAACUCUCUGACGAAUGCACCUUAAAUUUCUUAGGAUCUCCGCUAUGAACGUCCCCGCACUAUGAUCUUUUUUUUUUGUUUGCAGCAAACUUUGAUUGAAAUGGAAAUGUUUAGGAGUGCUCUGAGCCCCAGAACUGUCUGAAAAAUAAUCAUAAUAAUACUUUGUGACAUUUAGGCUUUCUGCACUGCUUUUCUUUGACCCUCCUCCUCUUUGUAGCUAAGCAAUAUUUAGCCGAAAUUCUGCUCACCAGCAGGGAGUGUAUUUGUUGCAAGGCAACGAUAAGCGUUCUUAAAAAUCCUAAAAUCAGGAGAAGAAGGGUGAUUUCAGUGACACAACUCUUUUGUCUUCGGACAGUUUUGGGUGGAGUCGGGCAGGCUGCAAUGUGAGUGUGUAUCUGUACUCUGUAUCGGUGUGUAUCGACCAGUAUAUCCUCUUCUUACGACUCUUUUCUAUUUGGAUCCUCCCUCUGUUAUGUACACUUAUCAAGACGACAAUGAUGUCUUUAAAAAAAAUCUCUUUCUCUCUUUCAAAGAUAUCAAAAAGCACAAGUCAUUGUAUAGGAAUGACGACAAUACAAAAAAAAGAAAAGUAAAAAAAAAGGUAAACGUGCGUAUAAAAGGGUAACUUUUGUGAUGGUGUUCUGUGGAAUUAAUACAUAUACCAUGUAUGACCCCAGUGGCAAGGAGGAAUCGCAGUAGAAGUGGAAAAGUGGAUUGUUGUUUUCAAAUAAAUAUGAAUAGAAUCA